UUCUUCCCCACUUGGAGCUGAACCCAGAAGGACAUUUCUUUCAACAGUAUCAUCACCGGAAUGAAAGAGUAUGUGCAAUUAUAAACGAGUAUUUAGAAUUAUAAAAAAAAAUCAACCUUUCCUGUACCCCAACGGAUGCUGAAGUUUUACCAGAAAUACAUAAACUUUAAAAGCUUUGUUUUUUGGUUUGUUUACACAACUUCAUCAACUAAAAAAAAAACAAUUACGACGCUUUCUACAAGUUGUUUACAACCCUUCUUGUCAAAGCUCACCUGUCAAAAAUCCUUGGCUUACUACUUGUGCGAACCUAUCUGUAGGUGUUUGAGAAACAUGAUUUAUGCCUUAGCAUUAUAAACCCAGUUAAUCCCAGUUCUUCAACGUUACUCAAACUAUUUGUGCAGUACUGGCCACCAUAGCCUGUAGAAAAAGGUUUUCUUAGUAAUGACUCGUAGGAGGAGGUUGAUCAUUCCUGAAACACUUCAUUAAUAGUUUUCCGGCUGUUCCAGAACGGCAAAAACGUGCAAAACUGAAUUAGAAACGAAUCGAUAAUCUUGAAAAAAAGGAUCACUCCUACGCAGCGAAAAGCAACAGUAUUGCACUGGGCGUAGAAGAACUGAGCUACAAUCCUUGAAUCAUUUUGCAAGAUCCACCUGCAAUUCGAAAAACAGAAAUGAAGAUUCGACUCUAUUUUCUGUGGCAUGUCUCCUUCCGCCAAAACAACCUCACUCUUGCAGGUGGUUAUAUACUAUGAUUCUGAAUCCUUCCGCCGACAGCCCCCCUCCGCAAGUACCCAUCAUGCUUUGCAACUGCGCAUCCUGACAGACGGAGUAGACCGAUUUGACCGUUUCCCACCUCUUUACCAUUCCCCGCCCUCUCCGGAAAAUAUUCAUUUUUCUGUCCCUUUUCUCGAGCAACAGCUGUUUGUCUCACUAGAAAGCAACAGAAGUUAACGCCGCCCGCGCGCCGCGGAGGGGGGUAGUGGCAAAGAAGCGGCAGAGAAGUAUAGUCCCGGCGCUAAGCGAGCGCCGCAGCGGCUGCUGCGGAGUCAGUUGUUGCCAGGCUGUCUGGGCCGUGCAGCGAACCAGCGAAUAAAGAGCGGGCGGGAAGCGGAAUGUGGCGGCGGUGGUGACCGUUUCAGGGCGGUGGUUCCUAAGUUUAUCGAUGCGACAGGAGAGGCCGUCCUUGGAAGUAUCUGGAGCGCUCUGAACACGACGCCUUGGCGGCGCCGCCAUCGGCGAGAGAGUUCACAAUGACUAAUGAAGAGCCACUUCCAAAAAAGGCCCGUCUCAGUGAAACAGACUUCAAGGUUCUACCUAGAGAGGAAUUGAUCUUAAGAUGGAAGCAGUAUGAAGCAUAUGUGCAAGCUCUUGAGGGCAAAUACACUGAUCUAAACUCCAAUGAUGUAACUGGUUUGAGAGAAUCCGAAGAAAAACUGAAGCAACAACAACAAGAAUCUGCUCGAAGGGAAAAUAUCUUGGUGAUGCGACUAGCAACUAAAGAACAAGAAAUGCAAGAGUGUACUAAUCAGAUACAGUACCUCAAGCAAGUCCAGCAACCAAGUGUUGCUCAACUGAGAUCAACAAUGGUGGACCCAGCCAUCAACUUGUUUUUCCUAAAAAUGAAAGGUGAACUGGAACAGACUAAAGACAAACUGGAACAAGCCCAAAAUGAACUGAGUGCCUGGAAAUUUACACCUGAUAGCCAAACAGGCAAAAAGUUAAUGGCGAAGUGUCGAAUGCUUAUCCAGGAGAAUCAAGAGCUUGGAAGGCAACUGUCCCAAGGACGUAUUGCACAACUUGAGGCAGAGUUGGCUUUACAGAAGAAAUAUAGUGAGGAGCUUAAAAGCAGUCAGGAUGAACUGAAUGAUUUCAUCAUCCAGCUUGAUGAGGAAGUAGAAGGUAUGCAGAGUACCAUUCUAGUACUACAGCAACAAUUGAAAGAGACUCGCCAACAAUUGGUUCAGUAUCAGCAGCAGCAGUUACAAGCUUCAACUCCAGGUACCAGCCGGACUCCAUCUUGUGAAAUUACAGAUCAGGGUGAAACCAUGAGCAAAGAUUGCAGUCGCCUGGCCAAUGGACCAAGUAAUGGCAGCUCUUCACAUCAGAGGACAGCGGGGCCUGGUUUUUAUAGAGAAGGUAGUGGAACAGAGGAUGAUUUUCCACCCUCACCAAGCAAUGGUAAUAAGCUUUCCAACCACUCUGAAGAUAGAACUGGCAGAGGAUCUGGUAGUUAUAUAAAUCAACUCAGUACUGGGUACGAAAGUGUAGACUCUCCCACUGGUAGUGAAAAUUCUCUUACUCACCAUUCAAAUGAUACAGACUCUAAUCAUGAUCCACAAGAGGAGAAAACAGUCAGUGUGAAAGGUAACAGAACUUCGGGGUCUCGUCAUGUUCAGAAUGGUUUGGACUCUAACGUAAAUGUGCAGGGUUCGGUUUUGUAACCUUUUUCUGCAAAAAAACCCAACAUUUUUUUAUAUAGUGUCACUUAAUUGGGAGAAGAAACUGUCCAGAACUGUUCAAAUUAGUGCAUAUAUGUCACAAUUCUGCCUUUGUGGGUUUUCUGCUUCAAUACCUCUGCCACUUCUGAAAUUUUAACAAUUGAUUACGUUGAAUGUUGCUAAAAGGAUGUUUGUGUAAGCUCAAGGUAUAUUUUGAGUUAAUGUGAAGUUGAAAUUGGAAUUUUAUUUCCAGGUAUAACACAAUGAUGUAUGUACAAAUCUGUGUAUAUCUAGAACUUGUGCUGUGUAAGGGCAUUCUUUACUCAUACUGUUUAUAACACUCAAAACUUUGUCAUAAUAGUUGUGGGUUAAUGACUGCCAAGUUUGCCCAGUACAGUAGUUUUCUAACUAAAAUAAACUUGGUGAGGGAGUCCUAUAGUAGUUUGUGUUCCACUUUUGCCACUAUGCAUCUGUGUGUUCUCUUUAGGUGACAAUGUUUAAGAAUUUUGUGUGCAUAGUUACUCAGUUUUAAGAACUGUUGUAUCUCCUGUUAAUGCAUAUUGCUCUGUGACUCCAAUAUUAUCUUACCUGUACUGACCAAACCCAAAUAAAAUUUUUAAUAAUGUAAUUUA